AUGAAAACGAGAAUCAAACAAAAGGGGACAGCUGCUGAAAGGAAUGUCGAUGUUUUUAUCGAUACACAAAUUCGUAUUUUGCAGCAAAUUCGGACGGAGCUAAAGCAAGGAGUAGGGACAGUUUGCAAGGCAAAACUUCGCUCGAUACGUUUACAGGAAGAUCAUCUUUCACAACAUUUGGCAAAUAUUAAGAAUGGCGUUCAUUUUGCUAGACAGGCUAUCCGUAAUGGUAGUGAGAGUGAAAUUUUGUCUCUUAAAAGUCAGAUCAUUACUCGUUUGGCUGAUCUUUCUGAGAAGCUGAUUUAUCCAAGUCCGUCUCAAGAUGAUGGGAUAGUAUUACGCAUUGAUAGCGAAACGACGUUGAGAGAUUUAAUGCCAAAACUUGUUAGAAUCGAUAGCUCUACAGCUGUGCCAUCCUCAUGCUCGCUUCAAGUUAUUGGUGGAGAACCGGACACCAUAUACACCACGUUUUGUGGCCAAUUUUGCGAGUUUGUAAUAACAGUGCGAGAUCAUUUUGGCCAACAACUUCUGAGAGGAGGAAACAGAGUUCAAGCCGUCAUCACCGACUGUCCUCUCGCACAGAAAGAAAUCUGGGCUACAGCCAUGAAAUUUCUCGACGUCAAAGACAACGACAAUGGUACAUAUAGUUUAUCAUAUUUGCCUGCAUUCCCAGGGAAGUACGUCCUCGCUGUAGCGGUGGAUAGUAAGAACAUAAAAGGCAGUCCAUUCUGCUGGUAUGUGAGCCAGAAGAUUGUAAAUAUUAACAAGUGCAGUUUGGAUUAUUCAUUCAGUAGUGACCCCAGAAUGUAUCAAGGGAACUCGACUACCAUUGACGACAUCGUGAUAGACGGUGGAUAUUGUUUUUCCUGGCGGGUAAAGUUUCGUAGCAACAUCAACUUAUACUCAUCGUUCAUCGGCGACUCGAGUAUGAUGAUGAGAACAUGCUCGCAUUUAGGUCCUCAGCAGUCGUUCUUCCAAGGGUGUAAAAUUGGUGUCAAAAAAUGUGAGCGUAGCUUAACGAAUAGUGAAACUUCUCUUGCAAGCACGUGUAUCGAAUCUCCAUCUUCUCGAGGAUCGAUCUACAGUAACUGGAGAGAAUUGACCAAAGAUGCGUGGUUUUGGUGUGAUGGAUACUGCUACAGCCCUAACGAACCAACAGGCACACAGAGCAACAUCACCACCUUCGAAGAUGGCGACAUCUUUGUUCUCUUUUUAAACCCUGUUAAGAGAACUUUGAUUAUUUACAACAGGGAGAGCAAGCAGGGAGAUUGCAUUGAGAAUAUAAAAUGUCCUGUACGGCCGUUCCUUAAGGACUGAAGAAAUCUGCCAAACAAAAAGAGAGAGCGCCUGGCCAGUUGGAGGAACUUCUCCAACAAUUCAAGACGAUGCCUUCUAAUUCCAAACUCUGCUAGAGUGC